GUUUACAGAGCGCUCUUGCUGCUCGAAUGCGUUAGGAAAUAUAUGUAUGUAUAUUUCCAUAAUAUGAAGCUUAUUAGAAUCGUGUUACAAUACACCCGACUUAAAAUGCAUGGCGUAUAUCUGCAAUACAUAAGAUUCAAUUGGGGAGUCUGAUUUAGGUACGUAGCUACUUGAGACUGAGGUAAAGCCAGACGAGACUGUUUGAAUCACCAAACUGAACUGUUGCCUCGUUUACUGGACUUUAUACGUGCCUUGACGAACAUACUACCGGUCAGUGGUUAUUUAUUUUAUUUGCCGUCGUCUCAAGCCGUUUACAAUGAAUAUUUUGCCCAAGAAGAGCUGGCAUGUGCGCAAUAAGGACAACAUUGCGCGCGUGCGCCGUGACGAGGCGGGUGCAGCGGAGGAAGAACGCGAGAUUAAACGGCGAAUAGAACGCGCUGAGCAAGAGGCUCGAACCGAUUAUUUGAGAAAGAAGGCUCGAGGAGCUCUCCCGCAUGAAGAGACAGAGGAUGAAGAAACCGCACAGACGAGCCGGGGAGCCAGAGAGAUAGAACAUCUCAAUCUCUUUCCUAUAGAAGAUUCUGCUGAAAAGAAAGGCAAUGCUGAAUACCUCAAAGAGAAGAAAGAAGAUAAGGAGAAGCAGGAGCGUGCCAUUGGUCUUUUAGUGUCUCUGGGCCCUGCGCCUGGAACAGAAGCCACUCCCUGGUACCUGAAAGACAGAAAAGACAGAGAGGAAGAGAGCGACAAAAAAGAUAAACACAAAACAAGUCAAGUCAAAAAACAGCAAAAGAGCUUAACUGAAGAGGAGAGAGAAAAGAAAGACAGGAAGCUGAAGGAUAGGUUGGAUCCUCUCAAAGAUAUGAAGAAGGCUUUAGCAGUGAAGGACAGAAAGGAGAAAAAUAAGAAGAAAUACAGAGCGGAAAAGAGGAGUGGAGAUAGUUCCAUAGAGAGAUUACGGGCAGAACGACUGCAGAGAGAAGCGGAGGAGAGGAAAAAGACACAGGCCUUGCUGGAUCAGAAAAGUGGAGGUGGAAAAGAAAAACAAGAGAGAGAGAUGGGUGAUAGAGACAGACCAUACAACAGUGCCUACUUUCCCGAAUUGGCACGAAAAAGGCAAAGGAGAGACGGAUAUCAGAAUGGCUUUUAUUAGCUUGUAGCUGGAUUGAUUUACUACCAAUGUCCAGAAUUUGCAGAAUCAAGUCCCUGUUUUGUGAUUGGACUAGAAAUUAGCCACAGGUAAAGAGUAAAGACCAUUUAAAAUGAGUGAUUGCUACAUUAAAACCAUCGAUCUGGCCUCUCCGACACAUCCGUCAGACAGCUUUGUAAAAUGGACAAACAGGAAAACUUUCUUUUUGCUUGUGUUUGCGCUCACAGCACAGGAGGAGCGAUUAACUUUUUAUAAAAAUGUCAUGAUUUGCAAGAUCUACAUCAGAGUUGAUUUAUGUACAGUUCUGUGGCGUCAGCAUUAAAUGUAGACAUGCUUUGUGUA